AUGGCACGGAAAUCUAAGAACAAACGUGCAGUAUCCCCUAGGCAGCAGAUCAUAGAACGAAUCAAGAAGUCUGAGGGCUCUGAGGGAUUCCCUGAAAACCAGGCGAACAGAUCCACAGGAAAUCAGCGAGAGAACACGCUCUCCGAUUUACACGACGACGGCAGUGUUUUGGUUAGCCUCGCGGUCGACGAGACACGCAUGCGAUCAACAUGUUCAAAAUGGACAGACCUAACAGAAUUAGGAAUUGGGCACAAGAGAUUUCAAGUCGAAGAUAUUGACUUUGGAGAGGAAAAGGCCAAGGACGCCCUCAGAGCCGUCAUCGACAUCAUUCACAGAAAGAACGACGGCCGUCACUAUACAGACGCUGAUCCGCGCCUACUGUUCUACUCGAUACUCAUCCACGAAUCCCUUGGAACACCUCAAUCUAUCCACUAUCCCGAGGACGGGGAGCGUGACCUGAUUUUCCCCCGAUACUUCCCGUUCUUUUCGGCUAAUAGAAUCAAACGGGUCGUUGUCGAUCUGACAGAACAGGCCAAGUACUUGUAUCGAGUACAAGAAUGGUUAUUGCUGGCUGCAGUUGCUUACAAACUCAAACUCGAGCCGGUCCUGGGUCUCAUCCGUGAUAAUCUGGCCCUAUUCUUGGAAGCGGGUCAGAAAGAUAUGCCUAAUGAGCUGAGGCACGACUCCAUCAAGGACUACGAAUGGACGUUGAUACAAGAGCUGCGACUGAUCAGUAAGGCAAUAAACGACGGGAGAAAUUUGGACUUGAAACUGACACAUAUCUCGGUAGACGAUGAAAUGCUUGACCAGCGACUGGUGUGCGUCGAAAGAACCUUCCACGCAUUACGCCUUCUCUCGCAUCAAGUCGACUACAUGGACAACAGCAUAUUACCUACCCGAGAGGAGUUUGAUGUUUACCAAGAGUACAGGGUGGUGAAAAUUCUCAAAGGCAAACCUUGGCCUCUGUUUGCCAGCUCGCAUACCACAUAUCAGGGCUCGGUCGUCGAUCUGAUUCGUAAGAUUCGAAGUAUAGAAGAGCAUUUGGUCGAGAAAGCAAAACCUGAUAUGUCGCCGGGCGAACUUGAGAGGGAUUGCAAUCAGCUCACACAUCUUUACGAUCAUCUUAGAAACCUUAGAAAGGAGCUCUUCCUCUAG